AUGCCAACGUCUAUUCAAGAUGAAAAUGGUCCCAAUGCCGAGGUUAUUUCAUCAAUGGUGAGACAGACAAAAGCAGACAAAACACUGCGGAGAAUGGUUUCAUCUGCGAAACCUCAACCAGAGACAUUACUCCGUCAUUUUAAAUUAAUAUCAGUGAAUUUUAAAGAAGCAGCAUUAGAUAGUCCCAGUUUUAGAGCAAGUAUAAAUCAUUUGGACUUGCAGGUAACUACUAUUGAACAAUGGUUAACUGCAUUAAGUAGCACCUUCAAGAAACUCCCCAAAUAUGUCAAAGAAGUUCAAGGGUUAUGUAACUCAUUUUUGGAGCAUUUGGUGCCCACUUUUUUACAAGAUGGUAUUAUUGAUCAAGAAUAUACUGUCACGGCACUACAUACAACUUUAGAUGGUUUAAAAACUAUCUGGGGUAUGAGUUUACAGGCGUUAAAUGUGAAUACCAAGUCAUUGGAAUUACUUAGUAAGUUCAAGAAUAAUCAUAUACCAAAAUAUAAAGAAUUAAGAAGACGAUUUUAUGAAUGUCAAUCCAAAUAUGAUAAGUACUUGAGUAUUUAUGUGUCUACUUCAAAAUCAAAAGAUCCUUUGGUUGUUAUGGAGGAUGCCAAACAGUUAUUCCUUGUUCGAAAAGAGUAUAUACAUAUUGCAUUAGAUCUUGUCAUUGAAAUUAAGGAUCUUUCCAAAGGUUUAAAUGCAUUGUUGAUAGGUUUGAAUACAGACCUUUGGAAAAACAAGUUGAAUAUGUUUUCCCCAAGGGGUGGUCCAGGUGAUCAAUUCAAGGAACAGUGGGAUAAAAUACAACGAAUUCAAGCUUGGAAUGAUUCCUAUAAUUUAGCAAUUGAAAGAUUAUCGUCAGAUAUGGUUGCUGCCAGAAACCAAGUUGAAGAAGGCUGCAACUUACAAUUUCAACCAUCAUUGAACCCGAAUGACUUCAGGGCAACUGGUAUUAAUAGUCGAACCCUACACGAAAUUGACGAACCUAGUAUUGAAAAACAUGGUUAUUUAUUCAUGAAGACUUGGAGUGAAAAAUCAGCAAAACCAUUAUGGGUCAAAAGAUGGGCAUUCAUCAAAGAUGGUGUUUUUGGAUUGUUGGUUCUCAGUCCAUCUCAAACAUUUGUCCAAGAGAGUGAUAAAAUCGGUAUAUUGUUGUGUAACGUGAGGUAUGCCCCAAAUGAAGAUCGUCGAUUUUGUUUUGAAAUUCGAACAAGUGAGUUUACUGCUAUUUUUCAAGCUGAAACAUUGAUUGAAUUGAAGUCAUGGUUGAAAGUGUUUGAAAAUGAAAAGAAUAGAAUUUCUGGUGGUGGGAAUGUCCAUGAAGGGUUAUUCCAUAUUGCCUCGAGCAGAUUCCCACCAAUAAUUUCCGAAUUUGCAUCUACCGUCAAUACAGUAAUUGAUAGAGAAUUAACAAACACAAAAGUAGUCAAUGCAGAAGGUCAAAUCAUUACGUCGAGUUCGUUAUCGGGUCAUAUUGAGAAAUUUGAACAGUUUUUUGAAAGACAUAUGUACUAUCAAAUACCUAGAAUCCAUCCUCCAUUCAUCACAGACACAACAAAAUCUUCGAUUAUUGCAUAUUGCUUAACUUCUGCCACUCCAAUUCCAAAUGCUUUGACAGCAAAUAUCUGGGGGUCUGUAAAUUGGGGACUCUAUUAUCUUCAUGAUACUGGUGACGACUUGGUUACUCAUAAUGAAGGUCAGGAUAUGGAAAUGGUAAAGUUUCAAGAAGAGCAUCUCGGUGUCGACAAAGUUUAUCCUGAAUUUUAUCCAAACGAAUUAGUCAACUUGGAUAUUCAAAUGAAGGCAUUGUUUCAAACGGUUGUCGAACCUGGUGAGUAUUUGGUGCUGUCUUUUAGUUGUGUGUGGUCACCAAAUUCCAAGCAAGAGUUGAGUGGUCGUUGUUUUAUUACCAAUCGUCAUGUAUAUUUUUACAUGCAAGCCUUGGGAUUCGUUGCAUUGUUUAAAGGAUUCAUAGGACAGUUGGUCUCUGUGGACUAUACUCAGCAACGUAAUUAUGAUUUGAUGAAGGUUUAUAAUGUGGAUGGUGUCAUCAAAAUGAAGCUAUACCAAGAAAAUGCCAGCUUGAUCAAAAAGAAAUUGGUAUACCUUAUCAACAAUAUGACGAGUAAACAGCCUAAAAAUUUGAGAGAAAUAUUGGCAGCAUUCACCGUUAUUGAAAAAGAAAAUGAAAUACAAAUGAUGGAUCAAAAGAUUCUUAAAGAGAUUAACCAACUUUCUCGAGGACUUUCUAAUAAAAGUUUGAAAAAGGAAAGAUUUUAUAUUAGUGGUGACACUUCUUCUUUGGAACCUACACCACGAACUGGUGUUGUUAGACACAAAAUCAAUUUCACUUCAGAAUAUGUUCUUGUGGGUGAAAAAACAUAUCCUCUACCGCCAAAAGCAUUAUUCCAUGCUCUUCUUGGUGACAAAUCCUCACUCUUGAAGAGUCAAUUUUCAUUUGCCAGUACUGAGUAUCUUGUUUACAAACCUUGGAAAACAUCUCCUAAUAAAACGAUGUACCGUGAUUUGAGUAUUCCGUGUAUUUAUGAUGGUAGAAAGUACAACAUUAGUGUGAGACAGGAAAUUGACAAUAUGGAAGAUAAUACUUAUUAUACAUUCAAUCAUAGAAUGUCUAAGUUUGAAUUUAUGGUUGGUUCUCCAUACACUUUAGAUUACAAGUUGGUCAUUGUUGGAGAUACUGGACGAAGAGCCAGAGUAUUUUUUUACUCUAAAGUUACAUUUGAUAGAGCUUCUGUAUGGAACCCUAUUGUUAAAAGGGUUUGUGCACAAAUUGAUGCCAACAAAUUGGGGAAGUUAGACAGUGGUAUCAAAGAUGCAGUUAAAGAAAUUGGAAAUCAUAGUCAGAUUGUUAAGGCUGUUUAUUUGUACGGUAAAUUGAGUCAUACAGAUGAUCCAGAAGUUGCUGAACCUUGUUCCACACUCAAGUUUAGCUUGAGAUUCUUUUUGAAAUUGGGGUUAGGGAAAAUGGUUAUUAAAACGUAUGAAUCCUUGGUUAGAAUUGUACGUACCGUAUUCCAAUUGAUGCUUUUGUUACUUAAGAGUUUAAGAAUGAAUUUGUUUUUGGUACUUAUUAUCAUUAUUCUUGGACUUUUAAAUGUAUUCUUUAUCGGUAAGACAACGACAAGUUAUUGGACAGUUAGAAGAGCAAAUAAAUUAGCAUACGACUAUGUAACAAAAGAACCAUGGUUGUUACAACGAGCAAUAUAUUUGCAAGAUAUUCAAGAUAUGCUUCAUGAUAAUGCAUCGAUUUCAAUCGACAGUAAAUGCUUCACAAAAUUCAAGGAAAAAUCGUUUAUCUUUAAUUUUGAUGCCGACACAGACUGGAAUGAUUAUUUCAACAGCAAUAGUAGGGAAGUUGCUAGACUGUUGAGGAAUAGCUUUCAAGACAUUGGAGUUAAGCGUCAUGAAUUGUUGGUAAAAUUGAAAAUUUUAAAAGAAAUGGAGAAUGAAAUCACAUUGGCAGAAUGGCAAAACUGGUUAAGAAGUGAAGUUCAAAGAUGUGAUUACAUAAGGGACAAUGUUGUUCAACAAAUAAGCCAAGACGAAUCCUAUAUUGAAGGGCUUCAAUACCUCAAUGAAUAUUGUUUAGAUUGUAAAGAAUCACUUUUGGCAUUAUUAUAG